ACAACAUAAAUGCCAACGGUACAAUGUUUACAACGACGCGUUGACAUGCGUAUUGUCAUACAGUCAUGAAAUGAAAAGAAUUAGAUAGGGAUUAAGUUACGAUGGCAAGAUUGUUUAAUUUUUAAUCAGCAUGCCAUCAAAUUGGAAUAAUUGUUGCCAGUUUUUAUAAUUCAAGUUAAGGCAAGGCUGGUUGCAAAUUAGUGAGACGUAUUAUCAUCUGAGCAAAUAUUUUGGAAUUAUAUUUUUCGUAGCUGUUCUUAAUAAUCUGCUCCUCAUUUUUGCAUAUACUGCGUUUUAUAGUUCUGAGGUGUUUUUAUUAUCCAUGCGUCUUUGUGAUAGAAUAAUAAGAUGACAGUGAAUAUAUUGGGAAUACAGUGGAGAUACAUUCCUAAGAGACAUAUUCUUUUAUUUGUGGUGCUUGUAUUAUCUUCUUCGUUUGUUCAAGCUGAGAAGGAACCAGUUGAAGUCGAUGGUCCAAAAUCAGAUAAUCCGCCUUCAGUAAAAGGACAUAUUUCAGAAGCUGCUGAUGUAAAUAGUGAGAAUGAAAAUGGAAGUAAAAGCAACGUUGGCUUCAUUCAUGCAUUUAUUGCAUCUAUAUCAGUUAUUAUUGUGUCAGAGUUGGGAGAUAAAACCUUUUUCAUUGCAGCCAUUAUGGCAAUGCGACAUCCCCGUCUUACUGUAUUUCUAGGAGCUAUUUUUGCCUUGGGGCUUAUGACGAUUCUCUCAGUUGUGUUUGGAUGGGCAGCAACUAUAAUUCCUCAUGCCUACACUUAUUAUAUAUCCACUGCCCUUUUUGCCAUUUUUGGGCUAAAGAUGUUAAAAGAAGGCUAUUAUAUGUCUCCAAAUGAAGCACAAGAGGAGUUUGAAGAGGUUCAGUUGGAUUUGCGGAAGAGAGAGGAUGAGUAUGAGAAGGAAGCAUCUUCAUCCUUGAUUCAAGAUUCAGAGUCUGGGAUUAUUAGAAAAUCUGUAAAACCUGGAAAAACUAUAUUAUCCUUAAUAUCUAGAAUCUUUAUUCAAGCCUUCACACUUACAUUUUUAGCUGAGUGGGGUGAUCGUUCACAGUUAACUACAAUUAUUCUUGCAGCCAGAGAGGAUGUGGUAGGCGUCACAAUUGGAGGAAUUCUUGGCCAUGCCCUUUGUACAGGGCUGGCAGUUAUGGGAGGUCGAAUGAUAGCUCAGAAGAUAUCAGUCAGAACGGUGACCUUAAUUGGUGGACUAGUGUUCCUGUUAUUUGCUCUUACAGCAUUAUUUUUUGAUCCAAAUGCAGAAUAAAGAGUACUUCUAGCAGCACCUGUCACAUAAAGCAUGAAACUCAGCCCAGCAGUAUAGUUACAAAUUUGCUUAAUGGGCAGUUUGAUUAUUCACAACUAAUUGUGAUCGAUUUGUAAUGAUUUUCACAGUCUGUGCAAGAAGCCCAGAUUUACUCCCUUUAUGAUGGAUGAAUAUAUAAGGUAUUAAGUUAUUAUAUUAUAAAUUAUACAUGGAUGGCCUCAAGUUAUGAUCAGAUGAUAUAGGUGGCCGAACACAUGAACAUUUUAUUUAUAAGGGAGCAUGACACUGAUAUCAAUUUACAUGUUAUGGAGAUGGCAGACUUCUGGGAUAUUGCAUGUAGUCUCUUGAAGUUGGUUAGGGUUUCAGAGGUGUUAAGGCUGGGGCCACACGACCGUACAAAGUAUGUCCGUUGUAAUGCACAUCGUGACGUCCGUCAUAGAAUUAUGAUUUGUAAGUAAAUACAAUACUAUUAUUUUUUUUUCUAAAUCCUUUCAAGCUGCCACGGUUAUUGGCGCUCGUGUGGUGUCCUCACCUACGUCCGUACAAAAGUACGUCUGUUGCAACGGACGUACUUCGUAUGGUCGUGUGGCCCCAGCCUUACUGCUUUCAUCAUCAGAGUGAUGAAUAAGCUGCAUGUGGAGAAGCAGGUGGUAGAAUAGGAGCAGGCUUGACCAGUAGGUAAGGGGGAGAAGGAUUGAGGUGAAGACAGUCAGAGCAAGUGAACCAUUGUCAGAAUAUGGGUGAUCAAAGCCUUGGAAGUUCUUUAUUAAAGUGCAAGGCAAAGUUUACUCUUAUUUUGAUGUAUCUUUGGCCACUUCAAUCAUUUUCAUGAGCCAGCAAACUUACAAAUAGAUGCUUCUUGUUGAUGAAUGGACUCAUGUCCUCCAAAGACCACAUUCAAACAUAAAAGAAAGUGAUUGUAAUUGUUAUGUAAAACAUGUUUUAGUAGCAUCCCAUAAAAGGAAAAUCCCUCGCUAACCUGGAAAUACCAGCCACAGUGCAUCACAUGACAUCCCUCUCUCCCCUGCUUCCAGCAAUUUCUUUCUUUUCUUUCAAAAGACCCUGUGCACAUACCAUCACCAUAAUGAAUAUCCUCUCUCAUUUGUUUCACUUACAAUAAAUCUUUUAAGUAGGAUUUGAGAUUUUCACUGCGGUGAGUCUGAAGAUGGCUGGCCCCUGGGUUGUUGC